AGAUGAAGACAAGCGGGAGCAGUUAACUCGUCUCCCCUCCCCCUUCCUGUGCUUCAUCAACCCCUUUGAUCCAACCCUAUUCUCUCUGCUUCACUCUUGGACGUCACACAAAAGAUGGCCAAUCCGAGUGCUUGGACGUCCCCAUUUUUCUUCCAUAGCCCCACCCCCUCUGCUCCUUUAUAUAUCCCCCAUCACUACAUUCAGCAGAGUGUACAAUGUGCUGCCAGAGAGCCAACAGGCAGUGUACAGAGAAACAGCCAGAGAGGGAGGGAGAGAAGGAGAAAGUGCUAGAGUCGACUACAAACGUGAUCCAAGAGGCCAAGGCUGCCGUCUGGUUUCGAGAUCCGUCAGCCCGCAUCACGAUGGGCUGCACAACAGGCCACCUGUCCUGCCAACCUCAACACCAGACCUGCUCAGGGCAAGACGGCCAGGCUUUGGAGGCUGGUGGUGCCAAAGUUCCAGAGGUGCUUUCCUCUCUUGAGCGUCUGUCCCAGGCUACUGGAGGCAUGGAGAAGUCCUGGUACCGUUGCAUCUUUCCCUUUGGAAUCAUCUCUUUGGUGAUCGGUGUAGCAGGAACUGGGGUAACUUACACAUACAAUGACCUGCCUCAGACUAAAGUGGUGUCAGUGGUGCUACUUGUUAUGGGCUUUUUGCUGUUGCUUUUGGCCACCGCAUGUUGGACUGUCCAUAAGAAAAAAAGAAGGAAAAAGAAAGAAGGAGGCUCACUCACCUCUGAGCAGUGUGCUCUGUGACACACAGGGAAAACAGUUAUAGGGACUCAACAGCAGAGACUUGUCAAAACCUGGGAGUUCAAGGAUUGGCUUAAGAAGCCACUGCUUCACCAGCUCCCUGUCACAAACUGCCCCUAUUCUUAUUCAAAGUAUGGCUUAGCUCAUACUGGAGAGAAGUCGCUCUGAGAAAUCAUACAGAGUGGGAGAACAGACCGACCUGACAAUGUAGAUCUGUUUAAUCUCUAAAAAAUUGGACCAUUCUGGAUUGGGAAAGACGGAUCACAAAUGUCUCACGCACACUUAUCACCAGACAGCGGGUGUCCAGUGUCAAAACAACCUCAGAGGAGACACACAAAAAUAUGCACUGCACCCUGCAUGCAUAUUUACCCGCAUGGAUACAUGGCCCUUACAGCCCUUACUCACAUAUGCAGUUGUACUCCCAGAGGGAGCUCACACAGACACCCAACACGCUAUGCAGAGCUACUGCUGGAGUCAAUGCUGGCGUCAUUAGGCACGUCAGUCACAACAUUCUUCCUGCUUGGACAGGUGACUCUCCAAGAGGCCAGAAGUGGGCCAAAGAUGGCAACCUGAUACCCAGCCGAAAGAGCAGCGCACCAGCGUCAGGGGCCAGCGUCAUUCACUUGUCCUGUGACACCGCAGCUAUGUGUUGGGGGCUUUUUUUACGCAAUGGGAAAGUGGAACUUGAGUCCAGCAGGAUCUUACUGGCAUCUGUGUGUGGACGAUGAGCGGCAGAGGACGGAGGACCCACUGGAGAAGUGGAAGCUUUUUCUCUGUGGUCACACAAGGUUUCUGGUGAACAGGAAGACCAGUUGGACCAUGAACUUCACUACAAAGGAGAAAACAUGUUUUGCACACAUGGCCGUGUCCAUGCCAAGCGAGAUAAUCUUUUAUUAAAGCAAGAUUAGCUUAAUCAGUUCCACAUUGAGAAGGCAUUGACUUUUUGACUAUUUGUGCAAACAUUUAUGCCCCGCCUUGUGUCAACAUGGGGCACCCCAACUCCACAGCCGGUUGGCAAGGAUUAUUGAAAGACACUGCCUGAGGGGACAUGCCACUGCAGGGACACUUUGACUGAUCCAGUUCCCCUGUGGCCCCUCCCACAUAGUGCCUUGAGCAAGCACUCAUGGAAAAAGGCUCUGUCGCAUUUCUCUUUUUCCAAAUGCACCCCUGAGUAUUCCCCCUUCCGCCCCUUCUUUACCUGAACAGCACUCUCCUCAUCCAUCCUACGUACUCCUUCCUACAUCCUUACUGUUUGACUUAAUCCACCUCGUUGUGGUAUUACCCAGUAAAGAAGAGUCUCCAGCCUUUUGACACAGAAAUUAAGACACACAAAUACACGGAAAUGUGAGCCCCUGCAGUCUAUUUGUGUUUUAAUCUCUCUGUGCCAAAGGAGAUAGAUCAUUAUUGAUUGACGUGAGUGUGUCAGUGUGAAAAUAUGGUACAAAGCUGUUCUCCUCUGAAUACUGAUUCAUGGUCGUGCUCCAUGUCAUUUUGGGGUUUCCCUCUUCUUUGAGGGAAAGCUGUUGAAUGUAGCUGCACUCAGCUCCACGUCUGUGAAUUGGUGCUUUCUGUUGAUAUGUGGUCUCACAAGAGGAGACAAACACUGGCAUUUUAUUCUUGACGUGAACAUGUCAUUCCGUUCGCACUAAUCAUGAAAAGAGAGAUUCUUUUCAGGUAGUCCCCAUGUGGAGGACUGUGCAGUGGCACUCCUUUUACCCUUGAGGAAUAUUGAUGGCUGUUGAAUCGAUUUUGGCUACCAGAUGAGCUGUGCCUGUUGCCGAGUAAAAUGUGUCCAUGCAUUCAGAGGUAGCAGUUAACACACAAUGCCAAAGAGUGAUUAGAAGGCCAAUUUGCCAGUUACAAAGCAGCAAUUGCCCGCCUAUUUCAUUAGACAUGCAGUGGAGCAGUCCACUGUCGCACCUUUAGCUUAGAUGAUCAGUCUCAUACUUAUUGUCAGCCAUUCUCUUAGUUUGUGCGAAGGGUUGAACAAGGUAAGAUGGAAGAUUUGUCAUGGUAAUGUGGGUGACAAAUGCAGAACCUUGGAAUUAUUUUCACUUCCGUCCGGAAAUGUCAUCCAUGUGGUUAAAUAGGGGUUAAUCAUUGUAAUCAGAAUGCACUCUUUUAUGUCAAAAAAGACAUAAUGUAGAUUUUUCUGUAUUUGCUUACAUAUUCUAGCACUUGCUUACAUAGCCACAUGUUUUUAUUUCAGAAAAGAUAUGUCAAAGAAAAAGCUUAUAGAUAAAAAGCUUAGAAAUGUAGCCGGCUGCAUCGCUUCUCUAUCUCUCUCCUAAAUGCUCUCUCACCUAAGUGAUUUAUAUGAACAUUCUUAUCUCAUUGGUUUAUAUUACUUCUGUUAAAAUGCCUUUAGCCACACAGUGGUGUUUUUUUAUUAUUAUUUUUUAUUAUUUUGUGGUCCAGUGAUUCAAAGGCCAAGAGAAAGAGAGGCGGGAACAGUUGGCAAAAAAAAGAACAAGACGAGCCACACUCGUACUCUGCCCUAAUUUUAGCCUCUGGCAUCAAUGCAAUUUUCACAUGUAUAGACACUUUCAAUAUGUAGUAAACCGUGGACUAUAAUGUGCCAGUGUAUUUGAACUAAAACAUUGAUGGUGGAUGAGGUGUGGAGUGAUUUCCCUUCUGCCUUCUGAACUAUGAAAGGGAAGAUCUACCUCUCUGCUGUGGGGAGAGAUGUCCCUCAGCAGACAUCCAUGUUGUCUGCCCAUACUGUGCGUCACACUAAAUGUUUGUCCGUGUGCCCUUGAAAAGUUGGUGCUGUAUAUAUACGUAUAUAAAUGUGUAUAUAAGUAUAUAUUAACUGUAUACAUAUACGAUAUGAGUAUUUUAUAUUUGUACUGUAUAUUUCUACUCGUGUGUAAAUUUCAUGUUGUACUAAAUAAAUGUUACAUGAAGA